GAUUUUAGGUCUCUAGCUUGUUCAGUGAUGCAUACCCAAAAAUGAAGUCAGCACCUGGAGGCUGGCUUCUCUACAAAGCAACUGGUGGACAGGGAAGAAGACGGUUACAUCUAGUUCCUCCAGAGUCUGAAGGCUACUGUGGUAGCACAAUUAGAAGUGCAACUGGAGGGGGGAAAACAAUGUUGUACAUUGUUCCAUUACAGGAUGAAUUUGACCUGUCCCCUCUACCAUCUGAUGCCGAGGAGUUCUCUCAGAUGCCUAAAGCAGAAUGUAAGAAAUGCUCCAAUUCUAUGCCGCUACAGAUUCUUGCUCUGCACGUAAAGGAAUGCAACACGGCAGAUUAUGAGACACUUUCUGACCCAGAAUCAGAGCUGACUAAUCUACCUCCUGAUUCACAUGAUUUACCUUCUGAUAAUGAAGAAAAGUCAGAAGAGGCAAAGUGUCCUGUUUGUAUGCAAAGUUUUCCUGUGAAGGAAUUGGAGCUACAUGCAAGUUUUUGUGGCGAUUUACAUAGUCCUGUUGGCCCUCUAAGCCCUGAUAUAAUGGAGCCACAAAAUGAAGAAAUGUCAAGUGAAGAUGAUGUACUGCGGUGGCUGGCUUCUCAAGUUGACACCUCCAAAGAGUUCAGUAUCUGUGUAUCUAGAGUAAACCUCUUAGAAAGAGGUAUGUCACUGUGGAAACGACAAAAGCUUAGCUCCCCAAUCCACACUUUAAAGGUGACAUUCAUGGGAGAGGCUGGUGUCGACACAGGUGCUCUCCGCAAAGAAUUCCUGACAGAAAUGAUUAGUGGCAUAGAGACUCGUCUCUUUGAGGGAGAAGAUGGUCAAGGAAAAUUUCCCAAGUACUCAUUAAAUGACCUUGAGAAUGGCCUGUUUCGAGUUGCUGUGGAAUUAUUUGCUGUGAGUCUCGCGCAAGGUGGUCCAGCUCCACGAUUUUUACAGGAGUGGUGUUACAACUACCUAUUAAGUGGAAACCUUGAAAACAUCAUCAUGGAAGUUAAUGAAAUGGAAUUUUCACCACUGAUUAAAACGAUUGAGGACACUGCAGACCUGUCGAAUUACAGUGAGCAAAUUAUGAGCUGUGGCUACACUGGCCCUAUAAAUGACCAAAACAAGGGGAAUAUAAAGAGGGCAAUUGCAAUGCAUGCCGCUGCGCGAAGAACUCUAAUGCUUCAGCAGCUCCGUGAGGGCCUCCAACUUUACCGUCUGUUGGACAUCAUGAAGAAAAACCAACAAGUGUGCCGUGGCCUUUUUGUUUUUGAAGGUGGCAAUGAUCAGGUGGACUCUGAUUACAUUGUAUCACACCUUGACCCACAAAUGAGUGAAAGUGGCAGUCUGAAGCACAUUAAAGAAAUGCAAAUCUUAAAUAAUUUCCAGGAUUUUCUAAUGGAACUUGAAGAUGGAAAUUCUGCUGACGAGGAGGCACUUUCUGUGUCGAAAGUCAUGCAGUGGCUGUCUGGUCAAGCACACAGACAUUUGCUUCUUUCAGAGAGACAAGCUUUCAAAAUCACAGUUCUAUUUGACCAUACAUGCAUGGCACGUAUGCCAGAACACAAAAUUUGUUACCCUGUUGUCAGUGCAUGCACCCACACAAUCACAAUUCCCACUGCACACUUUGCAAGUUUAAAUGAAUUUAAAGAAAACAUGAAAAUUGCAGUGCAGCAGGGUGCUUGCUUUUACAGGGUUUAGAACAGAUUUGUUAACACUCCUUUGUUUUUUUUUAAGGUCAGAGACAGAUUACAUUUCAUUAUCACUUCAUUUCUUUUCAAAAGAAUGGCUAACAAUUUUACAAAGUUUUACAUUUGCGCCACAUUGUUAUGAAGUUAGUAAGUUUUAAAUUUACGCAACAUUGUUAUGAAGUUAGUAAGUUUUAAAUUUGCGCAGCAUUGUUAUGAAGUUAGUUCUGUCAGAACAUUGUUACAUGUGACACUCUUGCGAAUAAAAUUUCUUAUGUAGCUA